GUGUUGAUCCUGUUUCUACUUUUUUCAAACAACAUAAAGGAGCUGGUGAAGAAAAAAAGGCGAACUUGCAUUCAAUUGUCUGAACCUCACGUCAUGGAAAGAGUUACUUUCUUACAGCGCGCCGAGAAAUAAUCUAAAAAUGAUGAUGUUGGCUGGUGAUGCGUGACUUUCUUCUGAUCGUUUGGUUCUUAAUUCUUCGUUUGUGAGCAUAAAACUACAAAACUGAAGAUGCACAGGAACCUGUUUACAAGGAAAACGCAGCAAGUUUCAGCUUGAGAGGGAAAGCGGCGCAGGCUCAAAAUGCACUGGGAUACCAUUACUCAUCCUUCUGUUUUUCUUGACGCCGGACGACUUUGUCUUGGAAAUAUGUUUAUCACGAGUCGAUUUUAGGCUCCGUGAUGACAAAGUGUCUGAUAAGCGAACAUCGAGAACUAACAGUCCAAAUUAAGAGGAUUAAAACGACCUCCGGUGCUUUUGGAGGAGCCUUUUGAUGGAUUUUUUUUAAAACCUGUUUUAUUUGUAAUGUGAACGGAAAUACAUACUCCCUCUUCGAAGAGGGUCAUAUUAUGUUAUUAUAGCCAAAAGGUAGAGGUAGAAGUUUAGGUAUAAUACAGUAAUAAUAGAAUAAUAUUGUCAGUGGGCUAAGAUUGUUAGAUUAGCUGGUUUAGAAGUUGUAUUUUUAUGUAACUUUUGGCAUCAGAGCUUUAAAUUUAAACAGGUCAGCUUAUACUUUUGCAUGUCUGCUCCAAUGACUGUCAUGUAACAUGAGAUGAGUUUUAAUAUUACAGUAGGCUAGUCUCAAAAGUUUCCAAUACAGCGUGCACCAAAACCAUGCCAUCAUUUAAUUUAGGCAUGUAGAAGUUUCUGGUUUAGGACACUCUGGAGUAUCAAGAUGUCAGUUAAAGCCAGAGCCCUCUACACUUUUUUAAGUGAAAACAAAGAAGAGAUCAGUAUCCAGGAGAAUGAGGAAUUGGUUAUCUUCGAUGAAAACUCAGUGAAUGGCUGGUUUCAGGGGGAGAACAGCCGAGGAGAGAGAGGUCUCUUCCCUGCAUCCUAUGUGGAGAUUAUUCGUACUCGCUCAAACUCCAACGUGACGGAUUGCUCCAUAAGUCCAGCAGGCUCUUUAGGAAAUGACUCCCCCUAUUUCCCAUCCACCCCAAACACCCUGCUUCACUCAGUGCAGAUUGAUGAUGAAGAUGAUUAUGAUGAUUGGGACGACUGGGACGACAGAUCCACAGUGGUGGAGGAUGCUGAUAAUACCGGGAGCUCUGGAGCUAAUGGACAUGUCUAUCAGAGCUCGCGUUCCAACAACCCAAAUGUGCACUAUAGGGCCAAGUCAGUAUCUGGGCAAGACAGCAUUUCCAGCUCCAGGAAGGGCAGCAUGGUGGGAAGAAACUUGAACAGAUUUUCCAGUUUUGUUCGCUCAGGGGUAGAGGCAUUUGUGCUUGGUGACGUCCCCAUGAUGGCAAAGAUUGCUGAGUCCUACACUAUUGAGAUGGGUCCUCUGGGGCCCAAGUGGAAGGACAACCCACAGCCUUUCAUCUGCUCCAUUGAAGACCCCACCAAACAGACAAAGUUCAAGGGUAUUAAGACCUACAUUUCAUACCGGGUGACGCCAAGCCACACCGGGCGUCCUGUCUAUAGACGAUACAAACACUUUGACUGGCUGUACAACCGCUUACUGCACAAGUUCACUGUGAUUUCUGUGCCUCACCUCCCUGAGAAGCAGGCCACAGGGCGGUUCGAGGAAGACUUCAUCGAGAAGCGCAAGAGGCGACUGAUACUAUGGAUGAAUCACAUGACCAGUCACCCAGUCCUCUCUCAGUAUGAAGGCUUUGAGCACUUUCUGAUGUGUGCUGACGAUAAACAGUGGAAACUGGGCAAGAGGCGGGCAGAGAAAGAUGAAAUGGUGGGUGCCCAUUUCAUGCUGACCCUCCAGAUCCCUACCGAGCACCAAGACCUUCAGGACGUUGAGGAGAGGGUCGACAACUUCAAGGCUUUUGCCAAGAAAAUGGACGACAGCGUGAUGCAGCUCACGCAUGUUGCGUCGGAGCUGGUACGUAAACACCUUGGUGGUUUCAGGAAGGAGUUCCAGAGGCUGGGAAAUGCCUUCCAGUCUAUAAGCCAGGCGUUUAUGCUGGACCCUCCUUAUAAAUCAGACACCCUCAACAAUGCCAUCUCCCAUACUGGUCGCACCUAUGAGAACAUUGGAGAGAUGUUUGCAGAGCAACCCAAGUAUGACCUCUUCCAUAUGCUGGAUAAGCUGUCCCUCUAUCAAGGCCUGCUUGCGAACUUCCCUGACAUCAUCCAUCUACAGAAAGGUGCCUUUGCCAAGGUGAAGGAGAGUCAGCGGAUGAGUGACGAAGGGAAGAUGGACCAGGAUGAAGCAGAUGGCAUUAGGAAACGUUGCCGGACUGUGGGAUUCGCCCUCCAAGCGGAAAUGAGCCACUUUCAUCAACAACGAGAGGUGGACUUCAAAGACAUGAUGCAGGCCUACCUCAGGGAGCAGAUAGCCUUUUAUCAGCGUGUUGUCCAGCAACUGGAGCGCACCCUGCGCAUGUACGACUGUCUGUAAAGACACCAAACUGCCUUCAAUGUCAGGAUGCCAAAAACACAAAAGAAAAGCAAGAUUCAAGUCUUGACUCUUUUACCGAGGCAUUUGGCUCAGAUUAACAAGACCAUUAAAGCGGAUGUUACUGGAAAGAUUUACACCAGUUUGUCCUUCACUUUGAUGGAUUCAAAGUUACCUUUUUUUUUAAAGACCUACUGUAUCUUUAAUUUCUGAAAUACACUUCACAUAGGCAACGUUACACCAUAUUGUUUAUUUUACAUAAUUUAAGGUGUUUGUAAGAGCAUAGGUUUAAAGUCAUAGUGGAUCUAUAGUUGAUGGUUCUAUAAUGUAUUAAAGCCAUAAAACGGGUUCUGUUUUUAAAAUUGUCCCCUUCUCUCAAACAUCAUGCACUUUGGCUUCUCUAGGGAUCAAUUCAAGUUACAUCUGAUAUGUAAAAUGUAUUGAAAACCAUCAAACACAAAAAGCAUACACAUUAUAUUUUGGAUUAACUAUCGAUACUCAAUAAAUAUUCUAGAUUUUAUUCAUCUGAGUUUUCUGGAUUAACAUUGUAUACAUUAGUGGAAUGUUACUGAUAUCUUGUUGAGAACACAACCAGCUCAGGUGUUCCCUGUUUUGAGCUUCAUGUUAGUUAUACCAAGUCACAAAUGCCUGUCUGAGCUUUGCAUCGGGGCAAAGACUUACUGGGACUAGUUUGGUUUAGUGAAUUUAUGUUCAUUUAGUGUGUGCCUUUAAGGUAUGUGGCAUUCUGAUGGAAUCUUCUUAGGUGAGAUGUUUGUCUUGUGUUGCACAGGACAAGUCGCUGGAAUGCAUGAGCUGAGUUUUCAGACAAGUUUGCACAUGUUUUUACCGUGUAUUGGUCAUACUUUGUGGUUGUGUAUGUUGCAUGACUAUAAUGUGUCAAUAGCUGUGCAAUUUUGUUUUUCCAAAAGUAAAAAAAGUAUCUUUAUAUGUAGCAGCAGAUUUAAAUAUAUAUUAUGAAAAGUGUUCAGGUAGCCAUAAUAAAAAUACACAUUCACUCUCCUGGAUAGGGUGAUGGGUAUUCUGUUAAUUAAAAAAAAGCUUUUACUACAAUUUUAAGGAUUCUCCAUUAAUUUGUUUGUAAUACAGUUUUUGUUGUAUAGAAAAAGGUCUGCAGAGUUUCAAAUGAAAACCAACACAAAAGGGAAUUUUUCUCUCCAGCAGAAGACGCUGCUCCUGAACUUUUUGAAACACCUUGUUAACUAAAUAGAAUACAUAUGUAGGACAUUUGUUUAAUGCCUGCCUCAUGGCUAUAUUUGGUACAACUCAAAAUGAAUGAGCAGCUACAUCAUGCUCUGGCAGUUUCGAACCGAUAUUUGACCAAAACAGCUGACUGAGUUUUUGCAGUAGAAGACCUUGUCACUGUGAGUCGCUGCCCUUGUGAGAUCCAUAAAACCAUCUAAAAUACUGUUUAUUCAUUGGUAUUAUAGUCAGUGAUUAAAAUAAUUUUUAAGCACCUCAUUGCCCAAAGAUUUUUUUUAAUGUAAAAAAACUACUUGAGAUAAUCAUACUUACCAUUAAAAUAUGGAAAGUGUAGAAAAAAAGUAGUUCUGUGACAUUUUUUACCCCAGGGAGAGAUCUUGGUAUUUUCUUUUUACCCAAAGCAAUCAUAAUAUUCAAGUAAACAUAUUUACAACAACCUUUCAAAUUUCAUGAAAUUUGAUUAAAAAGUAAAGAUGAAUAGAGAUGCAUGGUAACAAAGUACCACCAGGAAGACUGGCAUCUAGUUUUUCUGCAUCUAGGAUAAACAAUACAAGAAGAAGGGUUAGUUAUCACGUGCUUUCUGAGCAUGCUCACCUCCCAUUUGGCAGUGACUAAUAUCAGUUAGUGACUAAACUUAAAGAGAUAGGCACUAAAAUUAAGGUUUUCUGAGCUUCUUUCAGAAAAGCUAAUGUAAAGCAUUAGGGCCAAAAAGAAUAAAAUAAAAUUCAAAGUAAAGAGGCCUUGCGAUGGACUGGUGACCUGUCCAGGGUGCACCCUGCUUCUUGCCUGCUAAUUGUUUGCAUAGACUCCAGCUUCCCCACAAUCCUGAAUUGGACUAAGCAGUAUAGAUAAUGGAUGGAUGGGUGGAAUAAAUGAAAACCAAUAAAAACAAAUCAAAUUAUUACAUGUACACCUAAUCUGGUAUAACCAGUAUAAAGAAACCUAUCACAAAUCUAUGAGUAACAAUAAAAAUGGAUCCUGUGAAUCCAAAGCUAUAGCUAACACAUUGUUAGCCUAGCUUAACUUAGAGGCUUAAAAUGAGCAGAAACUGUUAGCCUUGGCUAAAGAGUUUGAUGUUUAAUAAUUCAUAAUUUAAAAUGAUAGAUGUAAGCAUGAGUUCCUGGUAAAAGUGCAACUUCUUACUGGUUUUGUAACACUUUAUAAUCGUACAUAAAAUGUUAAUUUGAAUGAGUCAGGUGUUGGAUGAGCUGUUAGCUUGUGAGACAGUGGCAUUUUCCCAGAACCUACCAUUUUUAUGCUUAGCUAAACUAAACAGUUAUGGGUCAAAAUGACAGAGGUAUAGCUUUAUUAUGAAUCUUUCUUAAAAAUAACUAUUCCUGCAGUAACAUUUCAUACACCAUUAUCAUUUUUUAUAUCUGAUGUGAUUUAGCUGCACCUUUGUUUUCAUUUUGCUCUUGUGAAGCGUAAAAAUGUUUGCCCAUUUACUGACUUAAGCAAUUAUGAGAAUUUGAAACCCACAUGACUCUGCAUAAGUUAAAAAAAAUAACUACUUAUUAUGUUUAUCAAGAGGAAACUUUCAUGGUGACUUGUGUUUAGCACUACGUUAUUUGUAGAGGUUUAUGUGUUGCCUGCCUUGCAGGAACAAGCAUUACCUCAACAAGUGUUAGGAAUGCUUUUACUUGCUUGACAUGUGGCUGCUAAAUCAACAAUAGUGCCAGUUGUGAGGCACUGAUUCUUCAUUAGGAGGGUUUGAUCUCUAGGUGGUGUGUUUGAAUGCAUGUGUGUGUGUGAAAAAUGGAAUGUUUUUUUUUUCAACUUCUUUGACCAAUUUCUGUCUGUUAAAACGUUUUAUGAGUCUCACAUAACUAUAAGGAGAAAGAAAGUGCUGAUUCAGCAUGCAGGUGUCUCAGCAAGCAAAUGAUCUGAGUGUGUGUGUCUGUGUUACUCAGUGCUGCUUCAUUUAAUGGUACUGUUUAGUCCACAUCUGCAGCUUGUGCUGUUUAUGUUUGUUUCUCUUCAGAACAAACCUUUGCUUUUCAAACUUUUCCUUUUUUUUUAAAAAAAAUAUUGCUGUCAUCGUUUGUGUUCAUUGCAGUUUGUCCAUGACCAAAGAAAUCUGAGAUUUGCAACUGCACUACUGCCUAUGGUUGUGCAGUUAGAUGUGCUCUCUGGUUUUGUAAUUUAAUACUUUCUGCUCUGAGGAAAAUGUGAAGAGAGCAUUUGGAAAGACAAAAAGAAAAAAAAAACCUUCUGCAAAGAAACUUGGACACUAAAGACUGUGACAGAAUUUAUACAAAGAAAGAGUGAAAAUCCUUUUUGAUGGUUUACUCCAAACGCUGCAUGAUGCAUUCAAUGCCAGGUAUUUCACACAGGUCUUUCUUAACAUGGUUGUGUGACUUAAUAAGUAGAGGGGGGCUGUAUGCUUCAGCUUCUGUCUCUGAAAUAACAGAUGGUUUUCAGUAAGACAUUUGUCACUUGAUUUAAGGGAAGGGGACAUAUAAAUCUUAAUAAAAAGUAAUGAUGA